AUGCAUCCAUAUGGAGUUCCAAACAAUGAGUGGAGCACCGACGACGACUUUUUGACACAGUUUUGUAUAUCAGACGUCUUCGGCUACCUUGUUUGUGGUAUGAGCGCCUAUACUUCAAAACAGUUCCGAAGCUACAAGUCCUUCGAGUCUCAUAUGCAGUUCACGAAUGGAUGGGUUCAGGAGCUGCAGAUCAUAAAGCCAGCAAACAGUGGGAACACAGUAAUCCGUACGAAGCUUCUGGCUGUAGGGACAUGGAACCUCACCUCGCUGGUGGGGAAGGAGCCUGAGCUUGUGCGGGAGGUUGAGAGGUCUCUCACAACUGUCUCAGCCUAUGGGCCCAACAUCAGUGCAGAUUACUCUGCCUUCUUGGAGUGCUCGGGAAGGGUACUAGAUAAUGCUCCAACUGGGGACUCCAUUGUUCUACUGGGGGACUUCAACACCCUUGUGGGCAAUGACAGUAACAACUGGACAAGGGUGAUCGACACUAGGGUGAAGAGAGGGGCUGAGCUUUCAACCGAUCACCUGAUUGUGAGCUGGAUCUCCUGGCAGUGGAGGAAGCUGAUCCCGAGGGCGGUUGGAGACAUGGAGUCAGAGUUGUCCAAGUUCUCCUCCUCCAUUGUCGAUGCAGCCAUUCAUAGCUGUGGCCGUAAGGUCACUGGUGCCUGUUGCGGCAGCAAUCUCCAAACCCGGUGGUGGUGCCCGAAAGUAAGGGAUGCCAUCAAGCUAAAGAAGAAAGCCUGUCUGACCUUUUUAUCUAGUAGGACUCCAGAGUCAGCUGAGAGGUACCGGCAGGCCAAGUGUGUUGCGGCUCCACUGAGCCGCCCUGCUACAGAACUGAGGAUUGUGUUGAUAGGAGGAAGAUACAGCAACCCUUCCAGUGGUAAAAGCUCAGCUGGAAACAUCAUCCUGGGUCACAAUGUUUUUCACACCAGCAGAAGAACAGCUCAGAGUGAAGCGAGGCAGCAGGAAGUACUCGGCAGACGACUCACAGUGGUUGAUACUCCAGGAUGGUGGUGGUGUGAUCCAAGAGAAGAAACCCCAAAACUGGAUCAGAUAGAAAUCCAGAAUAGUGUCCAUCUGUGUCCCCCAGGACCUCAUGUCUUUCUUCUGGUCAUUCCUGUUGGUUCACAUUUAUCUAAUCUUGUCAAAAUAUCUCUAGAGGAACACCUGGAACUUUUCCAUGCAGAUGUUUUCAGUCACACCAUCGUGCUGUUCACUGCAGUCGAUUCAUGUAGUGAUGAAACCAUUGAAUCUAAAAUCAGAAGAAGUCAAGCCCUGCAGUGGAUCCUUCAACAAUGUGGAAACAGAAAACAUGUUCUCAACAUCAGCAACAGAGAAGAUAGAGAUCAAGUCAAGAUGCUUCUAGAGAAAAUUGAGGCGAUGAUUGAACAGAACAGGGGCAGACACUGUUCUGUUGAUAAAUCUGAUGGAAAUGCUCUGAGAGAGAGACUGAAAGAUUUGGUUAAAAAAGCCUCAAAAAGGUUUGAUGAAGUUCAGAAACAAAGAAGAAACAUGAAGCUGCAGAUUGAAGGUGGAAAGGUUCCUCCAAACCAUUUGAGAAUAUUGAUGAUUGGUGGAUCUUGUGCUGGAAAGAGCUCAGCAGGAAACAUCAUUCUAGGAAAAAAUUCAUUUGAUGUUACUGAAAGUGUUAGAAGAACAACAACACACAGUGAAAUAAGCCACAGUGUGGUUGAAGGAAGGCGGCUCACAGUGGUGGAUUCUCCUGGAUGGUUCUGCAUCCACACCCUUCAGGACACCAGUGAGAUGGACAAACUGGAAAUAGAGAACAGUGGAAAUCUCUGUCCUCCAGGACCACAUGCUGUGCUGCUGGUUAUUCCUCUGAUAAUCAAGAUUGAUGCAUCAUAUCUGAGAUCUGUCCAGGAUCACAUGAGUCUGUUUAGAGAAGAAAUCUGGAAACACACACUGGUUCUGUUUACCGAUGGUGACUGGUUAGGAGUGAAGACUGUGGAGGAGCAUAUAGAGAGUGAGGGAGGUCUGCAGUGGAUAGUGAACAAGUGUGGGAACAGAUAUCAUGUUCUGAACAACAAGGACCACAGUGAUAAGACUCAGGUAAAGGAGCUCAUUGAGAAGAUUGAAGAGAUGUGGGCAGGAAAUGAAGAUCCUCAUUAUGAAGUGGACCUGGACCGAGCAGCACAGAUAGAAGCCAAGAUGGAGGCUGCAGACAAGAAAGCCAGAAGGUUGAAGGAGAUCAAUGAGACACAGUCAAGAGUCCUGAAAGAGGUUUAUGAAGAGAACUACAUCGUCAGAGAGGGCAAGGAGCUCCAGGAGCUUCUGGAGAAGUGUGGGAACAGAUAUCAUGUUCUCAGCAGCUUUGAUUAUGAUGAUCCUGUUCAAGUCAAAGAGCUGUUCCAAAAAAUUAUCAACAUGGUAAAACAAAACAUAGGAUGCUUCAUGAUGGAAGGAAAAAGAAAGAACUUUCAGUUUCUACCUUGGCAAGAAAAACAACGCAUGCUGAUGGAAGAGGAGUGGAACAGACGGGAGCAGGAGCUGAUGGAGAGAAUGAUGAAAGCUUUAGCAAAGGAACCAGAGAAACCAACAGUGCCCUCUGUGGAGGUGGCAAAUAGCAAGGAUGACUUUAUGAUUCCAGACAUGAGCGGAGAUGUUGUGUCAGAUUAUGGGAGCAUUUCAGAGAUUAGGAACCAACAAGCUCAUAACAACGUUGCUGAAUGGCUGGCUAAGAGAGUGAGACAGUCUGAGAUCACCUCUGGAGCGCAGCGUGAGUUCAAGGCCCCUCACUGGGUGCUCCUCGUCUUGAAGGCCCCUCAGUGGGUGCCCUUCAUGAACUCCCCUUGUCUCUCGUUGGCGGUCCCAAAGGCUCCUGUCCUGCAGUCAGCUGUCCCCAAAGCCCCUGCUGCUGAGACUGCGGCCUCCAAGAAUCCUGCUGCUCAGAUGCCAGCCUCCCGGCCAUCCUCCAAAGACUCUUCUUUUCUUCUCGGCCUCAUGGCUGGGUCUACAGAGACUGUGUUUGACUCCAGCCUCACAGCCAGCAGCUAG